CUGGCGCUCUCCCCUGCCGUGCCCUGCCGAGCAGAGGAAGCACAACGGAACGCUACUCCGUGAACGCCACGAAGCGAACCCUCUCCAUUCUUUGCUGAGAUUCACUUGCCCAGUUCAUGUCGGAAUCGCCCACAGGAGGUGCGCUGUCGCAGUCCCAGUUCAUUGCGACCAACCUGGGCUUCAAGGCCAGCGGACAAGGCAUGCUCGCGUGCGACUUCGACUCGGUCGCUCCCAAGUUCCAGCCCAAGUACAUGAACCACCACGCCUGUAGCAACAACCCUGUGAUUCCAUCCGACGAGGUCGUGCCUCUUGAAGCUCUCACCGUCGACGAAGACGACGAGUCGGACGAUCCCCCGCGGGAAGUCCAUUUCCCAGACCCGGAGUACUGUAUCAACCACGUGUCUGGGUUUCUCUGCGACCGUGUCACCGGCGCGCGCAUCAUGGACUCGGCGAUUCUCAACUCCGAAGCGAUGUUGACCAACGUCAUCGCGUACGUGCACGCGCGCAUGAGCGUCGAACUCGGCUUUGUCCAACAUUCGAUCCCGUAUGCCGGGGCACCUGCGUCCUGCCAGUUCUUCGCGUCAAAGAACUACAGCGUGACGAAGAAGCUGCUCGUGUUCGUAUGCAGUUCGCGCGGGUCGACGUGCGGCAUCUGGAGCCGCAGCCUGCUGCUCCGUUCCGGUGUCAACGUCGGCAGCAUGCUUCCGUAUUUUCGCAAGGCCCUCGACAAAGGCUUUGGUGUCGUCGUGCUCAAUCCAAACGUCAACUCGGUCGUCGUCCCAGAGUCGAACGCAAAGGUCGCGAUCCCGAGCUCCUCGACCCCCGAAGAGCACAUCCAGCAUGUGUGGGAAAACUAUAUCUAUCCCAGCGCCGCGCUCGAAAUCCACUUUCUCGCGUACGGCUAUGGUGGCGUCCUUGUGUCCAACUUGAUAUUCAACCCGACUGUGAUGGCGAACCUGCAGCCCCGCCUCGGCAAUCUGGGUUUCCUCGAGUGCCAGACCAGCAACAAGUGCCCUCCCGACCUCCAGCACUUCAUCGGGCCUCGGUGGGUGAGCUGGGAGCCGUCCAACGACACGGGCUUCGGGAAAGAAAUCCGUCGCGGGCCAACGCACGCGAGCACGGUCGGCAUCACGAUGUCGGCCGGGCCGAAGAGCGGUAGCAGCUCCGUCACACAGACCGUGCUGGACUCGGUGUUUCGGUUCUUCGACGCUCCGAACGCACAUGACUUUGUGCGGACCGAAGCGCGGUGGCACAACGUAAACGUUGUCGACAAGUUUUUGAAUCGCAACCACGUCCCUGGGCGCACCGUCCCGGUCAAGAAGUCGUCCAUGACCGUCGACGACUUUGACCUCCUCAAGGUGCUCGGCAAAGGCGCGUUCGGAAAGGUGUUGCUCGUCCGCCGCAAAUCCACGGGCGCCACGUACGCGAUGAAGGUGCUCAAGAAGGAGCACGUCGUCGCCAAGUCCCAAGUCGAGCACACACGGACCGAGCGCAAGCUGCUGCAAGACAUUGACCACCCGUUCAUCGUGCGGCUCCGGUACGCCUUUCAAAACAGCGGAAGUUUGUACCUCGUGAUGGACUACUACGCGGGCGGCACGUUGUUUCACAUCCUGCGCCAGCAGCGGCGAUUCAAGGAGCACCAGGCAAAAUUGUACGGCGCGCAGCUCGUCCUGGCCUUCACGCACUUGCACUCGUGCGACAUUGUAUUUCGCGACCUCAAGCUCGAAAACAUAUUGAUGGACAGCGAGGGGUUCAUUGCACUGGCCGACUUUGGGCUGAGUAAGGAACACGUAAAGCUCGAGCAUGACGCGAUGACGUUUUGCGGGACCCCAGAGUACCUUGCGCCGGAGCUGCUGCGUCGCAAGCCGUACGGGAAGGUCGUCGACUGGUGGAGCUUUGGCAUUGUCAUGUACGAAAUGCUGAGCGGCAGCACGCCGUUCUACAACACGAACCGGAAAAAGAACUUUUACAACAUCUUGCACGAGCCCCUGGACUUGUCGUCCAAGUAUUUCUCCGACGCGGCACGGUCCCUCCUUCGCGGCCUCCUCACGCGCAAGCCGCACCUUCGCCUCGGGUUCCACGGCGGUACCGAAGUCAUGGCGCACCCGUUCUUUGCCGACGUCCCAUGGGACAAAGUGUACAAGCGCCAGGUCCUCCCAUCCUUUGUGCCAAACAUCGUGGCGCCCCCUCGACCGAGCGAACUCGAUGACAUCCCUAGCUCGGUCAAGAAUGGCGCCGACUACACCAUGCCCGACGAUCACGUUGACGCGUUUGCCAAUUUUACGUACCGAUGCACAGAACAGAUCGACAACGUCCGACCGAGCGACAUUCACCAGCAUGCCCAGACUCACCAUUUUUAAUUCAAUGUGCGCAUCAUCCC